CAAAAAAAUAUUUGCUCUUAGAACAGGACUCUUGUCUUACUCACUGGUCACUACAUGUCUGUUCAGACGAAUUCAAUAAGACGCACUACAUGGAGCAAUACCGUAACUCGGCAAAUUAUCGUUUCACUGAUUCAUUCCCGGCUCACUCUUCCUCUCCAGAUCGAGGUUCCAACGAAGAGAAAGCGACUAUUCCGAUUUCCAUGGAUGCCGACGAAGCUUCGAAAUUUGAGACCACCGAGAUGCUGGCAACGUUCCUGGCUUCGACGCCAUUGUUAUCGGAGUCAUGGAAGCUGUGCAGCCGGGCAAACGCCGCCGCACCAUGGAGUUUCGUGACGGAGCGAAUAGGCGGCGUCGUUUAUGUUGCUUUCUCCAGUGUCCAAAUGGCCGGCGGGACGGAUCCGAGUUGGGGAAGCCUUGUAGCUUUAGAUAGCAUCGGCGACGUGGCGUUCUUUUCAUCGCGUCGAAAUACCGAAGGCGAAGAUCAGCCGGUGAUGGUGCACGCAGGGAUGCUUAAUCUCUUCUGGUCCUUGUUCCACUCAUUCCAAAACCAGGUGUUUGCAAUAACAAAAAGCACACAUGCCAAGUCCAUCGUCAUCACUGGCCAUUCCCUCGGAGGAGCCAUAGCGUCUCUUUGCACACUCUGGUUUUUAUCUUACCUCCGAUCCAUAUCGUCUGAAAUAUCAGUCUUGUGCACCACAUUUGGCUCGCCGUUACUGGGAAACAAGUCCUUGUCCCGAGCCAUUCUCAAAGAAAGAUGGUGUGGCAACUUCUGUCACCUAGUCUCAAAGCAUGACAUAAUGCCAAGGCUCUUGUUUGCUCCUUUGCAACCUCCUCUCACUGCUCACCUGAACUUCCUGCUCCAGUUCUGGCACCUGUCCAUGACUUCACUUGAACUUCGAAGCCUUGAGGCUAAAAUCUCUGAACAAGAGAUUGCUGAAUUGUUUUCCUCUGUAAUGGCUUGCUUGAGUGCAGCAGCAACACUAGAUGGAGAGGGAUCUUCGCAAAUUUCAUUUUAUCCAUUUGGCAGCCAUGUCUUUGUUUCAGAAAUCGGUGCACUGUGUGUAGAUAGUGCAACAACAGUAAUACAGAUGAUGCAUUUGAUGUUCGCACCUAGUUCUCUAGCUUGCAGUAUUGAUGAUCCUAAGUAUGGUGAUUACGUAAAUAAUCUGUCCCUGCAAGCCUUUAAGAGGAACUGCGUGCAGGAAAACAUUUCUGACUCGAGCUAUGAAGCUGGGCUUGAAUUGGCUAUGAAAUCCUCAGGAAUAGACAGCCAGGGAUCAGCUGCCACACCCGUCAAGGAUUGCCUACGGAUGGCAAGGAGACUAGGUCGUUCACCAUCUCUGAAACAUGCUAGCCUAGCAGUUACCUUAUCCAAGUUUGUACCUUACAGAGCUGAAAUAGAAUGGUAUAAAGCACUGUGUGAUAAGGCAGAUGACCAGCUUGGGUACUAUGACUCGUUCAAGGGGAGGGGGUCUUCAAGAAGGGGCAUGAAAAUUAACAUGAACCGUCUCAAACUUGCCAGGUUCUGGAACAACGUAAUUGAGAUGUUGGAAAGUAAUCAACUACCUUAUGACUUCGAUAGGAGUAGAAAAUGGACCAAUUCUUCUCAAUUCUAUAAACUCUUGGUUGAGCCACUGGAUAUUGCAGAGUAUUACAGGAAAGGGAUGCACAGAACCAAGGGGCAUUACAUACAGCAUGGUAGAGAGAGAAGGUAUGAAAUUUUUGAUAGAUGGUGGAAGGAAAAAACACCUACUGCUGCGGAAGGAAAUCAUAUGAGGAGCACUUUUGCAAGUUUGACCCAAGAUUCAUGCUUCUGGGCAAGGGUAGAAGAAGCAAGGGACUGGUUAGAUAGCGUCAGAAGCGAAACUGACACAUGCAAGCAGGCUUAUUUAUGGGGUAACAUCGAGAAGUUUGAAAAUUAUGCUGGCCAACUCAUUGAAAAUAAGGAGGUAUCCAAAGACGUUUUGGCUAAAAACUCGAGUUACAGUGUAUGGACGGAGGAGUUAAGAGAACUGAGAGAGAUGUAAACAAAGGUGCCAAACCUUCCUCCUCAGUUUACCCAUUUUGUGAACGGGGCAGUAGUUCCUUAAUUAGCAUGCAAUUAGGAUCAUGUAAGCUUUACUCUUUGCUUGUAAGCUUAAGUCCAAGUCUCUCAGAACAGCUUCUGCUGCAAAAUAACUUGUAUGCUGCUUUAUGACUUUAUGCCAUCAGGAUGUCCUUAAGUGCGUAUAAGAAGCAGGGAAAAAGUGAGUGACAAAUUAUUCUUGGUCGUUUUACCCAAAUAAAUGAACACUUUCUUCAGUAA